AUGUACAGUAACAGUAAUCAAAUCCCUAUGAAUUAUACCAAUACUCCAAUGUUUCAACAACAACAACAACAGCAUCAUCUUCAUCACCUUAAUAAUAAUAAUACCGGUGCUGUGCUUUCAAAUCUAAAUAACGAUGAUGCUAGCCAACAACGACCUUUAUUUGGUGACAUGAUCAUGAAUUCAAAUGUACUAAAUGAACAUGAUCCAAGACUAGCAUCUCAUUUGGAUCUAAACAUGUCAAAUAAUAAAUUAGAUCCUUCAGCAAAAAAUGAUAUUAUUAGUAAUAACAAUAAUACACCAGAUCUAGCAAAUAAUGCCACCACUGUGACCACGACAAAUAUUAAUACCAAUAACCCUGUCACUACGAGUGCAAACUUACAUAGUAACAGUAAUUCAAGUAUUUCUUUACACGCACUGAAUACACAACAACAAAUUCAGAAAGAUCUCAAUGAUAAUAAUAUUCAAAAUAAUAAUAACAAUAAUUCCAAAAAUAAUGUACAUAAUAAUAAUAAUAAAAACCAAGAUCAAGGGUUUAGAAAUGUAAAUUCAAUGAACAAACAACUCUAUUUAAUGACAAUGAAUAAUAAUCCUCACGCUUUAACUGAUCCAGCAAUUCAAGAAACUUUAUCCCCCUUUUUUCAACCUUUCGGUGUUGAUGUAUCUCAUUUACCAAUGACUAAUCCACCAAUCUUUCAGAGUGCUCUACCCGUCUCUGACGAACCUGUAAGGAGAAGACGUAUUUCUAUUUCAAAUGGUCAAAUUGGCCAACUGGGUGAAGAUAUUGAAACUGUUGAUAAUAUUUACAAUACUCAACCACCACCUUUACCAAGACAGUAUCAUCAGAAUCAUUCUCGUUCAAAUUCAAAUGCUAAUGGUGAUAAUCAUCCUCAAAAUUUCCCUAUCAAUCCAAUACCUUGGCAAAAUAAUCAUAAUAAUGGUAGUAAUAAUAACAUUAAUACUAAUUCUCAUGAUCCACUCUAUAUGCAACAGGCUGUACCGCAACACCAACAACAGUAUAUGCCUCAACAGCAGAGACAGUUUAAUCCUCAAUUUGCUGCUCAACAUCAGCAACAACAGUACGCUCAACAACAACAGAAACAAAACCAUGAGGACUAUGGCGACGAGCCAAUGCCAGGCACCACAGCAUGGAAACGAGCACGAUUGUUGGAAAGAAAUAGAAUAGCAGCUUCAAAAUGUAGACAACGUAAAAAGAUUCAACAGUUGCAAUUACAAAAAGAUUUCAAUAAGUUAUCUUCUGAGAAUAAAAUAUUAAAGAAGAAACUAAAUUAUUAUGAGAAGCUAAUUUUAAAAUUUAAGAAAUUUACUGAAUCUCAUUUCAAGAACUGUAAUUUUAAUAAAAAUGAAAAUGAUGAUUCAUUAAAAAUUAUUCAGGAAAUGUUAAUGAUCGAUGAAGAUAUUCAUGAAAUUAAUGAAAAUGGUAUCAUUGUUAAAGUAGAAAAAAAUUCAAGUGGCCUUCUAGGAACUGAUAGAGAUGUUUGA